GGGGUCUUGCACCCUUGCCUUGCACCUUUGCCGUGGAUGUUACCGCGCUCCUGCGCCGCAACUGCGCCCCCGCCGCCAGGCCUGUUUCUUCGCGUCCCGCAGCGCCGUCCAAUGGCGCGCGCCCAGCCCGCGAGAUGAUGUGCGACGGGCGGCCUCCCGUGGGCGACGGCGGCGUGCUGGCCAAGCGCCGGGCGGGCGUGCUGUGCUUCCGGGAGGUGGCCGAGCUGGAUGCCGGAGCGGAGUUUUUGGUCGUGAGCCGACGCAGCCGCUCGCAUGUCGGGGACACUGGCGCGGAGCCAGGCCGCGACCGGUACACUUUGCCGGCGGGCAAAUUCGAAGAAGCAUUGGACUCGUCGUGCGAGGACUGCGCGCAGCGGGAGGCGCUCGAGGAAGCUGGCGUGGAGUGCCAGAUAGUGGAGGAUCUCGGGUGGUACGCAUCGAGCAGCAAGCUUGGAGACCCCAUCCAGACGAGGUAUUUCCUGGGCCGCUGCGUGCGCCUGCUUGACCGCUGGCCGGAGGAAGAAUCACGGGACCGGCUGUGGGUGCCACCGCUGGAGGCGCUGAGGGUGGUCAGCUACCGAGAGGACUUGGCCGCCGUUGUUCUCCGAGGGAUGCAGGUCCUCGGCGCCGCCAGCCCCAGCGCGGCGGUGCCUGCUGGCCAUGACACGUCGCAGCCUCCGCUAGACAGCGCGGGGGAGGUGGCCGAGGAGGCCGUCGGCGGCGAACGUUUCGUGAGCUACUCGCACCAGUGCGGCGGCCACUUCCGGCUGGUGAAGCCCGCGCCUGGAACCCGCUUGGAGGUGGAGUUGCCUUCUCGCCCACGGCGAGAGCUCGCCGACCAGCAGCAAGCGCUCGCGAGGUCGAGCGCCUGCUCUGGGGACAGCUGCUUCGUCAGUGGUAGCCGGGUGGUGCUGAAGCCGUUCGACGCCCACGAGGAGCAGUUCUAUUGCCACAGCUUGCUCGACGAGCGCCUUUCGCCGCUCCUGCCCUUCGUGCCCCUCUUCUACGGCACGAAGAAGCUCAAUCGGGAGCAAGUCGAGGACCUGGCCUUCAACGGGGCGGACGCCACUGACACGGCCCCGGGGCACAGCGCAGCGCCUGGCGUCAACGCAGCAGACCGCGAGUCGAAGUACGCUUCGCAGCGCUUGCGCCGCUACCUCGUCCUCGAGGAUCUCGGCGGCAGCGCCUCGCAGCCUUGCUUCCUGGACCUCAAGGUGGGUUGCCGUCAACGCUCUGCGCGCCACAACACGCAGAAGCGGACGCACAUGGCCGCGAAGGCCGCGCAGUCCACGUCUGCGAUCCUGGGCUUCCGGGUCUGCGGCAUGCAGGGGUUCGACCGCGUGACGGGCCAGGUGAAGCGCCACGACAAAUAUUGGGGCCAGAGGGUGACAGUAGAGUCCAUGAGUAGGACAUUAGCCAUGUUCUUCAGCCUGGGGCUGGACCGCCCGCACGGUUCGCUUGCAGGCGUCAGCGCCACUCUGGUGGAGGUUGUCGUCAAGAAGCUCGAGAGGCUAGAGUCUUUGCUGAAGCAGCUGUCUGGAAUGCGCUUUUGGGGGAGCUCAGUGCUCAUCUUCUUCGACGCCGGGGUCGUUGAUGAGGACAGCAGAGAGAGCUGCCUAAGGUCUGUGCAAGUGAAGAUCAUCGAUUUCGCCAAUUUCCAGGACGUAGGCGGCGAGCUGCCAGACCAGGAGUACCUGUGCGGUAUCUCCAACCUGCGGAUGUUUCUAGAGGCGCUGCUGCGGAACCCUUCCCUGGACGGUCCGCCUGCUAGCAGCCUGGUGCCGCCGCCGCCGUCGGAAGUUCAGGACCUUGAGCAGGAGCGUGCGCGGCAACGCCUGAAGCAAGUGAAGUCCGCUCCCGCCCAGGAGGGCUCCACGAUCGGGACGGGCACGGACGACGAGACCAACCUCGCGGCCAACGCCCAGACAAUCUCCGGGGCCACUGGGCGCACGCUCCUGCGGGAGAUUGCACCCCGCCACUUGUUGAGGCCAGACGGUGGCUCCAACUCGGGUGCGAAUAGCCGUUCGGGGACCCACCGUCAGAGCGGCGGCAGCUUGGACGGCCUCUUCGAGUCGUUCGAGUGACCCGCGCGCACGGCGCAGUUGGCGGAAAGGCCGGAAACGGCGUCCUCCCUCUGCUCCUAAUCUUUCGCAUCUUGCGCCGCUUCGCCUGUCCGUCCUCCCCCCCUCUUCCUCUGCGCUUUCCUCCUAGCUCGUAAGGGGCACGCUCUCGGGCUGGGGGUAAUCCUCAGUCUGGUGGAAGUUGGCAGGUACCGGGUUUUCCCUGGAGCGCCAUCGGCUUGUAGUCCGUUCGUGUGUGAUUUGUCAGGGCAGUUGCACGUUUGAUUUCACGGGUUUACGCCGCACCGCCGACCAUUAUG